AUGGACAAGAAAGGAGAGCAUGUUUCUGAAAGUUCCCCUCUUUCUCCAAAUGGCGGCAAACAUGUUACUUUAUUUCCUUCUGAAGAAUUGGCACGCCUUUCAAUUGACAAAAGGCAUCCUUUGCCUAUUAAUAGAGAAUAUGAAGGACAACAGAACCCUGAAAGUUUGCCUCCGUUAAUUCCUAGACGGAAGCCAACAACUUUAACUUAUGGACACCAAGCACCUUUGUUUAUUCAACAAAGAAAUGGGGGUGGGGGAAGAGGAGGUGACAUUAGAUCCCAAGAUGACAUUAGAUCCCACGAUGACAUUAGAUCCCAGGAAGGAUUAAUAUUAAAUGGGGAUUUGUCUUUGUUACUUGAACAACCAAGCACUCCGAUAGGCAAUUUUAGACCAAUACAAGCAUCAGAAAUGUUUGAAGAAGAAGGGUCAUUUGAUAAUAAUAAGACGCCAGAAACGGCUUCUUCAAUUACUACAAAUACUACUUCAAUUAGUGAACGUUCUGAUCCUAGAUUACAAUAUGCUAAUCCUUAUAGCAGGUGUUUUUAAUUUUUAGAGGAGAUAUGUAGUUGGUUACCCUACGUGUUUUAAAAUUUUCUGUUUUGUAUGAGACAUUUGAUCCCAUAAUCCUUUUAUUUUUAUUUGGAGUUCAUUUUUCUUCAAAUUUCUCAUGAUUGGGUUGUCGUUUUUACCAAAUUCUUCAUUUACAUUUAUUGAGGAUUACGAAAAUAAAUAUCGCGCUAUAGAAGG